GGAGCACAGGUGUAUAAAUCAGGCAUGGCAGCAUGUGGUGUAAAAUAAGAUAAGAAUAGAGUGGUCCAUAAAAAGGCUUACUUAAACCUGACUAACUUCAUCAGAAACUCAUGUGCUCCUAUCUCAAACCACCAUUGUCUUCUGCUAUGACUGACUUUGCCGACAUUACGAACUGCACAGACACAGAGACAGCACAGCACAGAGGAACACACGGCUCACAACAAGAUGAUGAUGAUGGAGCCUUACCAGGAUGAGUCGGCCCUAUGAACUGCCCAUCAGCAAGGCUCAGGCCUGUCACACUGACCCAACAGUGACCUCUGCCCCCAAUGACCCCUUCUCUCCCUCCUCAAAGCACAAUAACCCCAAUUCUAGACUAGACCCUCCACGUGCCAUGCAGCUGUCCACCGCCCCUGCCCUCAAACCUCCAUCCACCUAUGGGUUCAUGCCCAAGAACCUAUCCUCUUCCUACAGUCCUCUGAGAAGGCUACAGCACCUGACCACCAUGGUCAGCCACCCGGACCUGAUACAGGUUGGAGAGGGGGAGAGGGAGGUCUCGCACACCCGGAAUGCUGUUGGGAAAACUGACUUUGGGAAUUCCUUGGCCCUCACAGCUCCCCAGCCAGGCAGGAGAGACACAGACACCAGUAAGACUAAUCCUAGUGUGGAGAAGAAGAGUGACUGUUGCUUCUCUGACCCACCUAGUCCAGACUUUUCACUGGAUAGCAAUAGCCCUUUUGCGAAUGGCUGCCUGCACUUUGAGUCCACUUUGUUUGAUGAUGAUGAUGAAGAGGAUGAUGAGGAUACAGCUUUACCUCUGACAGACAGACAUAGCAAAGUUGGAAAGUCACCUGAACCUCUUCCUGAAUUUUUUAACUUGAAGGUAGAGAAAUUACUGAAGCCAGGGCUAUCUGUGGGUAAAGGCUUGCAGUCCCCUAGUGUCCCCCCAUUAACGGCACAUGAAGGUUCAAACGAGGACUGGGAGAGUAACUGUGAGCCGCUCUCUCUUGGGAAUAGCCCCCCUGGGCCGUCAAUGGCAAGUCCUACUACUGUUAUGAACCUUUUACAUAACAUGGCUAUUGACAGCAACAUCAUGCAGUACCCAACAGCCCUCAAAUUUAAUCCUGUAACAUUUCACAGUUCUGGCCUGGGUACUUCCUUUUCAGUCCAGAUCACCUGUUUUACUGUGCAACAUAAAUUGUCAAGCUUAUUGGUUUUGAUUAUAUGUGAAAUGUCAAUGAAGAUAGUGAGAGGCCUAAAUCCUAACUAA